AUGGAGACAAGGAGCAAGGUAUGUGGAUUGAGAGAGCGGUUGCUCUUACUAGAGGGUAAAGUGGGCAUUUUGAAGGAGCAGGAGCCGAGUUUCGACGCAGUUGAGGCUCUAGAUACCCUUGUAAGCAGUUAUGAGCCUUUGGAGAGGCUGGUUCUGAAACUCCAAGCAUGCGGAAUUGACCCUAUGAACGCCAACAAUCUCUCUUCUCUGAAAGGCCUCAGUGCCGAAGAUAGGGGGGAAGUGAAAAUGGAGAUUUUAGCCUCCUAUAAUACCUUUAUCGAGUGUAGCAAUCGAAUAGAAACUCUAGCGUCUCAGUAUUCAAACACUAUCGAUCAGUUUUUAGAGAGUUUCAGGAAAAUGGUACAACUCGACGGUAAGUACAGUCGUACCGCUGUGAUCACCAGAUAUGGGCAAAUAAUGAGAAGGUACGAUAUUGCCAUUAAACGGCUCACAAAAGUUCUCGAACAAUAUGCACUUCUCAAAUACAAGCAAAGCAAGUUAAUCAUGUCUAUAAAUGAAAAAGAGUGA